UAAAAAGGUCAUUUUAAAAGGCGAGCUAUCAAAAAUAAUAGGGUGGUUCAUUUUUUCGAUGCGACGAAUUAACCCUUUCUCCAGUUCUCAUUCAUUCACCAAAUCACCCCAACAACAAUAGUCAAGUCACGACAUCAAAUAUCUUCGUUUUUACAUUUCAACGACAUUAUUCAUCCUCAAAUUCACGAUUCAUCUCAAAGUAAUCACACUCAAAUCGUUCAAGAUGAUUGAUAAUUUACAUCUUGUCAACAUGAUGUCUUUUCUUGAUUCGCUUUAAUCCAGCGUUUAGUUGGACUAAACGAUACUUUUAUUCAUCUUUUGAUCCAAAGUCACCAUCAAAUUCAUCUACCUACACAUAUAUCUAGUCACGUCGAUAGGAGGAGUCAUACAAAUUCAUCACCAAGACUUGAUACUAUUCGUCAUUCGCGUCACACAAGAAUCUAUUCAAGACAUUCAAACUUGGAAUUUGGAAACUUGAAAGGAAUUCAUAGAAUAUUUUCUGGGAAUCGCGAUAUGUAUUCGAAGACCGUUGGGUUUUCGGAAGAUAUCAAAGUUAACGAGAUGAUUGAAAAGGAACAACAACAUCCUCAUCCUCAUUAUCACCGCUAUCAUCAUCAUCAUCAACUAUCACAUACAAUCAAUAUGAAAUUGCAAUCUCCUGAAGAUGUUCUUCGAGAAGCAUAUAUCUCCGCCAAAGAUAUCGCUGUCGAACAAUCAUUUUCUCAUAUUGGAUCUCCACCUAUCAAUUUUGCUACAGUACUUCCCGGACUUUAUCGAAGUGGUUAUCCUCAAACAUCGGAUUAUCCAUUUAUGCAGACACUUGAUUUAAAAACUAUCGUCACCUUAGUCGGCAAAGAGUUACCGGAUGGAUUUCAACAAUUUAUUGACGAAAAUGGAAUCAAACAUCAAAUAUUCGACAUGGCUGGUACCAAAAAGGCAGAAAUUCCAAUUGAAACUAUGCAAUCCAUCAUUUCAAUUAUCAGCAACCGAAAAAAUUAUCCUCUACUCAUUCAUUGUAAUCAUGGAAAACAUCGAACUGGAUGUGUUGUUGGUGUUUUACGAAAAACCAACGAAUGGGAUACCACCAGCAUUAUUCGAGAAUACACCAAAUAUGCCGAACCAAAGGUUAGAGAGACAGAUGUGAAAUACCUACUGGAUUUCAAGUUAGCGGAUCUUCCCAAUGUCAUAUCAAGACCAAGUCGAGCACCUUUUGUCGUACGUACAUUUUAUGGUAUGAUCAUGUUGGCAUCAUUCACUAUAUCCAUCUGGGUAUAUUCAAGUACUAGAUUAUUAUUACUCACUACCGUUUAAUUCAACACAACCUCAUUUCGCGAUGUAUCGUUUCAAAUCAUCAGACAGGGAAGGCAUUAAAUCAACAUGGACGGCUUAUUAUGAAUAUGCCACGACGAGACCGAAGGAGACCAUUGAUUAGGAUCUAAUUAUGAUUCCGAUUGUCUAGGAAUGCAUUGGAAGCUUGGUGUUUCUUCAAUUGAUUAUAUCAAGAAUGUAUUUGAGGAAAAUUGAAGAUAGAGAAAGAACAACUUCGACGACAUGGCGUUGAGAAAAUUGAAAGCAUAUUCAUAGGUAUAACAGAUUUAUGGAUGGUUGGUUUUGGUAGACUAUCAAGUGCUGAUAUGUCUAAUGGAGUUUUGAUUUGAUUCGCAUGGAUAAAUGUAUCCCAUCUUAAGUUUCUAAUAUCAAGAUUUGUCGGGAUAUAUUACUACGGGGUUAAGUUCAGAUUGACACAAUACCUGAAUCGAGCUGAAUUGAAUUGGAUGCAAAUAGACAGGAAUGGAAAAGAUGGA